CAUUUUCCAUAUAUUGCUGCCCAUUUGUAAUCAUGACUUGCUUCUGCCAUCAUUGCAAUCUCUCUAUCUCUCUCUCUCUCUCUCUCUUCGCUGCUAGAUUUCUUUUUGAUUUUUCCUUCUCUGCUCCAUUUCAUUAUCAUCAUCAUCUCCAUCAACAUUCAACAUUUUCUUCUCCCAUAUAAAGCCCUUCAAGCUAAGCCAACCCCAUAUCUUCGUCCUCCUCCAAUUUUCCACUUCCAUUCACUCAUCUCUUUCUCUUCUCUCUCUUAAAGCUAUGUGCACAUCCUCAUCCUCCCCAGAUGAAUCCCUGUGUUCCACUUUUGGUCGUUCAUGGCCUUUACCCAUAAAGCGCCACAAGCUUCUUCAUUUGAGGCUCCUCAAAAGAUUGAAGGAAGGAAGAGAGAGGAAGAAGAAGGUGGUUGUGAAGGUGAAAUCAGAGAUAGAAAUGAAGAAUCUGAGGCUGUUUAUGGAGAAUCAGAGCAUAAUAGAAGAGAAUGAGAGGUUGAGGAAGAAGGCUUUGCUUCUUCAUGAGGAGAAUCAGGCUCUCUGGUGUCAGCUACAAAUCAAGCUUUCUCAACAAAGUCGUACUACCACCAACUUAAUUAACCCUAAUUAAAUUAAUUAAUUAAUUGUUUUUAAUAGCUAGUUUAUACGUACACUUGAUCCUUAAUUAGAGUUUUCCUAUUAUAUUUAUGGGGCCCUCCUUAAUCUUAAUUGUCUUAUCUAGUAGUUUUUUUUUUAAUUAUAUCUUUCUGUUAAUUAGUUUGGAGUUAAAUAAGGAUAGGUAGAUAGGGCAGUGUUCGUCAAGUAUGCAAUUGUAGCCAUAUAAUAUAUGCAUAAGGAAUUAUGUCCAGUUAUAAUGUUAUUAUUUGUUUUCCCCAACUUAAUUAUGUCCUUUU